AUGGGGUCGUUAGCAUUUGCUGUCAGUCCACCUAUCGUCCAAGAUAGACUUGUUCCUUGUGUGCCGUUGCCGUUAUCACGCGGCCGCUCCUCCAACAGUUCUGAGCACGCUGAUGCGAAAAGGCUUCGCGUUCCUUUCAAACCUAGAAGCUUUCGAUCGACAGUUAGCAUUGACUAUCUUCAAUGUUCAUCGAACACGAGGUCGAAUCGGCUAGUCACUCGAGCCAAGGCUUCGAACAGAUCCGAACCUGGAAGUUCGGCAGCGGACCUUGCUGCUUUGGAGGAGGGCGAGCCUUGGCUCGGCGCCGUGGUCUACCGUCGCAGCGCGGCUCGUCAGGAAUUUGUUUUCGUCUCUUCCUUGGAGCGCCUCGCGCUUCCGCAUCUCUCCUCCGCGGCGUCCCGUGCGCAGGCCGCGGAGACACUGAUGGCGGAAAUCCCGCAAGAUGAGCGCACGGGAGCCGAUGGAGAGGGGGAGGCGGAGGGUACAGCUGUGGUAGUGCGCAUGCGUUCUUCUAAAGUGGGACGCGAUAUAAGGCUGGACGGCACUGCGCAGACAGUGUUCGCCAUGCAGUGCCACAGGUGCUUAUGCCCCGUUACCGAGCCCAUCUAUAGCGAGUUCAGCCUGCUACUCUCCGCCUCACCCCUCCACGAGCCCACCAAGCGCAGCCUAGGGGUCAUCCUAGACGCCCCCUCCUCCAGCUUUAACUCUCUCCCUGCCGACUAUGACGAUGGCGACGAGGGCGACAUGCUGGACCUAGACUUAGACGAUAAGCUCUACUUCCCCCCGGACCAGCGGAUUAUAGACGUCUCUAAGUACGUGCGCGACACGGUGCACCUGGAGAUCCCUCUCAAGGUCCGGUGCAGCCCCGGGUGCCGAGGCAUGUGCCUCGGGUGCGGGGCGAACCUCAACGUGAAGGCGUGUUCCUGUGGCGAGGAGGAGGGGAUUGGGGGCAGCGGCAGCAAGGGGCAAGCGGUGAUGGGCGGGCAAGGGCAAGGGUUGGGUGAGUUCGGAUUGGGGAGAGGGAAGGGGAAGGGGAAGGGCAAGGGGUCGCUGAAGGAGCAGCUGGAGCAGCUGUACCGGCGCGAGGACGAUGGGGGUGCUGGUGCUGGUGGUGAUGAUAGGCAGCAGGGGCAUUGA